CUGACGGUUCCUCCGUCUAUUGUCAACAUUGUAAACAUGGCCGACAGCGCCAGUGAGAGCGACUCGUCGUCUGUUACUGAUGGACCAAUUAUGCAGCCGCCCUCAAUGCCACCUUCCCCGAUCACCCGGGAACAGUGGCAGAAGAGGAUAGACUGCCUUCAGCAGCAAAACCGGGUACUCCGGGCGGAGUUGGAGACGUACAAGCUCCGGGUGAAGAGCCUGCAUGAGGAGAACAGGGCGUUGCGACAGGCCUCUGUCAAUAUCCAAGCCAGAGCAGAGCAAGAGGAAGAGUUUAUCAGCAAUACACUUCUGAAGAAGAUCCAGGCAUUGAAGAAGGAGAAGGAGACUUUGGCAUUGAAUUAUGAACAGGAGGAAGAGUGUCUUACCAAUGACCUGUCACGCAAGCUCAGUCAAUUGCGGCAGGAGAAGGUGGAAUUGGAACAGACAUUGGAGCAGGAGCAGGAGUGCCUAGUAAACAAAUUAAUGCGUAAAAUUGAAAAACUAGAAACCGAGACUGCAGCUAAACAGAAUGACUUGGAAACUCUUCGAAGAGAGAAGAUUGAGCUAGAGAACACAUUAGAACAAGAACAAGAAGCACUAGUCAACAAGCUAUGGAAGAGAAUGGACAAACUUGAAGCAGAGAAAAGGAUGCUUCAAGGUAAGCUAGAACAACCAAUCUCGAAUCCACCAUCUCCAGCGGACUUUAAUCAGGGUGACCGAGCAAAUAAUCUAUCUUCACACAUCCAGCACCUGAGAGAUGAAGUUUCUAGAUUCAGAGAACAGCUCACAACAGCUCAGGAAGAACAUAACCGCACAGCUCAGCAGUAUGCUAAUGAGGAACGCUUAAUUCGUGAAGAGAAUCUUCGUUUACAGAGGAAACUUCAGAUGGAAGUUGAACGAAGGGAGGCACUCUGUCGCCAUCUUUCCGAGUCAGAAUCUAGCUUAGAGAUGGAAGAGGAACGUCACUAUAAUGAGAUCACAUCACAGCGGCAUCGAACGCUCUCUAGUCCAGUGCCAUACAAUCCUUCACCUAGUUCCUCUAGACCUCUCUCACCGGGUUUGUCAGGUUACAGCGGUGGCCGGGAUCUGUUUUCUCCACCCAGCCCCAUGGGUCGCUGCCCUCACUGUGGCCAGGUGAUCCUGCACCACCCGCCGCCCACUGUCCCUCCGCCCAAUUACCUGCCCUCUGCUUCCCCUCCUCCCCCACCUGUAAUCUCCCCUGCAUUCCAGAGACAUGGAAGUCGUACUUCACAAGAACGAUUUGUUAAACCAAUUGCCCCUCCCCCAAGUAGUUCUGCUCUGUUGGCCACACCAGCCUCGCACCAUCCCUCGUCUAGCACAUCGGGAUCAUCCAACUCGACACCACCACAUCAUCCUCCACUUGUUCCAGCACCUCAUUUACCCUCCUCUCCUCAUCCAGUUGCUCCUCCUUCACCAAUGGAUGUGAGUCGCAACUGAUGGAGACAGAAGGCAUUGGAUUGGCAACAAGGGUCCUGUGUAUUUUCUGGAAAGGUUGCUAGCAGGCAUUUUGCCCUGAUAGACUUGGAGCUUUUUCUCCUCCAUAUUGUUGAGUCUUGAUGGUCUUAUUUGUUGUGAAAAAUGUGAUAGUUACUGAUAUGGGUGAAAAAAGCCAAAGCUGCUAAGCUGAUGGGUAUCACUGUCCGGACAACACAGUGAACGGUAUGCCACAAUUAUCAUGAGGAAAAUUAGUAACUGGAUUCUUAUGCCUCUGAGCUAGUGGCAGUUAUAUUGUGGCAGUUAUUGGGGUUCGUUGGUUGAGUGAAAUAUGUGAUAUACGAGAUAAUAUUAUAGAGUAAGAGUCAGACGAGAAGAUUAUAGAAUGAAAUUAAAAAUCUGUGGUAGCAUAGUAGGUUUUAGGCAUGUAUAAAUGGAAGUGCUACGUGCCCCUCUUUGUCAAUUGUGAUAUCAAAACUAGUGAUGUGUUGAGCAUAUAUUCAACAUUGACUUUGUAGAGGUUUGUCCUUGCUUGUUUUGCUUUAAAGUGCCACCAUGCUUCAUUUGAUCUUGACACACUUGAUUACAAUAUUUACUUUAAAUUAAUACAGUUUGAUAUGUAAGUUUAUGCACAAAAUUUUAUGAAUUGGUAGAAGUAUAAAUUGUGAAUUAUUUGUCUUGGAUAAUGGUCUUGCUUAAUUUUUUGGUGUAUAAUAACUGGUUUGGGAUACUGCAUCUCCUUGUCAUAUGUUAGCAACCAAACAAGAACAAUAAUCCGAUGCAUUGAGUGAUAUUAUAUAUUGUUUUAUUUUCUCCAAUUUAAAAUUGUCCAGUUUAUGCAAUUAGUAAUAGCUGACACAGCUCUAUAUAAUGCACUCUUCAGGCUCGUUGAAGGCUCAUCAUGAGUAAUAUCAAUUGUACCUUGGUACAGGAAUAAUAAUCUUGUUAGAUAUUGUACUUUAUUUAAAAACUGGAAUGGCACAGCAUGUUUGGAUUUGAGAGAAAGUAGUCCAUAUUUCUCUGAAAGAAUACCAAUGUUAGUUUCGAUACUUUAAGAGUAAAAACACGCUUUCGUGGACAGUCUCCCAUUGCUUUCCCCAUCCUCGUUCUUGAACAGUUACAAAAAAGCAUUGCCUAUAUUUUUGGAGACUGUUUUGAGAUACAGCAGCUGGCUUUGUAUGUUUACAAAGAUAUCAAAAAAUAUUCUUUUGUUAAGAAUUGAAGUGGAUCCAUCCCCCAUAUUAACCUAUUAAUUGUAAUAGAUUAUGCAAGGUUAAACAACUCCUUCGAGUUUUGAAAGUUACUGUAUACGGUAUUUAAAAUAUGUCGAAAAUCUAAUUUUUUUAAUUCUCCGAGUAAUACAUUAUUACUCGUGAAUUGGAAUAAAAGGGACAUGGAGCACAUGCACUUUGUCUUUUAGAUAAAUGAUCUUUAAACACUUGCGAUGAAGUGUUCAUGCACACGUGUAUACGUGAUCAUAUGCAUACAAAAAUACACUGGUAUACAUGUGCAUGUUUUCUAAACAGAAAAUCUAAACAUUCAUAUGCUAAUUCUCAAAACAAAACAAUACAAAAAAACAAAAAAAGGAAAUUAAUAUUGCACAGGUAAAGGAAUGAAACUCCCAAUUUAUUAAUGUAUACUUUAAUUACAGGUUUUUAAAUUAAUUUUUAAGCACUAUUCUUGCAAUUUUUUUUUAAUUAAUUGAUGGUCUUGGGGUGCAUGUACCAAUCAACACACUAAGCAUUUUUUCUUAAAAAAAUGUAAUAGAUUAGUAGUUAUUUCCCUCCACUCUGUCUCUGAACUUAUGUGAAUCAAAUUUUUGUGUUGUUAUUAACAACCUUCCUUCGUUUAAUGAUUAGACUUGUUAGCUAUUUUACAUGUAGUUGUUGUAUAAUAAUCCUCCCAAAUACGUAUGAAAAGAAAUAGCAAUGUAAUAGUCCUUUGUUUAUGGUGUUAAUAAUCCAGAUAAUUUUUUGUUAUUUUUUUCCCCCAACUUUCCAAUUCCUUGUUCCCACUCUUAAGUGCGUUGCCAACAUGAAUCUGCCUCUGACAUUCAUAUUCGUAUCAUGUUUAUUCAAUUUUCUAUAGUGUUUGCUACUCUGUAAACAUAAAUUUGAGUACGUUUUCUUUGCUGCAGAACCUGUUAUAGAUAGAAAUAAGAAUCUGGCACAUUGAGGUUUACACUUUUCUGUUCACUAACAACAGAUGAGGUAUAUAUGUGGAUAUAAAAAAAAACAUGAAGUCGUACCAUUAUGUGACUAGGGAUAGAUUCCCAUAGGGUGAUGUAGUUUAUGCAGUGAAUGGGUUUGUAGCAAGUCUAAAUUUAAAAAAAAUGCAGCCUCAUAUUUUGAUAUAAAUUAUGAUCUAAUGAUAGUGAUUAGUUAUCUCAUAAAUAAUUAUGCUCAUGGACAAGUACCUACAUUGUGUCCCCAAUCUGAGUUUUCCACAGAGUUUUAUACCUUCAUUGUUACACACCGUGAAUUGCAUAAACCACCUUUUACGCACACAGUUGCCAAAUGAUUCACUGUUAAACUUUCAGUGCAACUUUUAGCAUCAGCAUUGUGAUCGUAGAGGAUGUGUAGUUUUUAAUUUAACUUUGUGUCUCCAGAUUUGGCCAUCCAUUUACUUAACAUGAACUCAUUAUCCACCUGUAAGAUGCAAAGUGCCCUAUGGAAUCAAAUUUGCCAUGAUAACUAUUUUGUCAGUGCAGUAAAAGUCCUGUAUUGACAAUGUAAGUUGAACCCCAAUUUUUUUUUCUACUUUUAUAUUUGGAACCUUGAAUGAUAUU